UACACACACAUGACCUUUUCAAGAUGGACACGAAUGCCUGUUUUAUAAACCCGCGUGCGACGUAAAAUAAUUGCAUAUCAAUCUUGUGAGUACAUGUUAACAAUCGUACGAUUUGUCUCUGAUCGUAUAUUAAUUUAAUAUAACAUUAUUGAAUUGUUUUACAUAUUGUAAAAGUGUGACGACGUUAAAUUAUCUAACGUAAAGUGUGACGCUUGUUUCUGUCGUGUCUGAGCGUGGCGGUGGCAAUAAAAAAAAGAGACGGAAUAAGUGAGAGAGUUAAAGUUAAGUCAAAAUAAGACAGACAAAGUCAGAGAGAUCAGAUUAAGUGAAGUAGAAAAAGCCAAGUGAACCUUCCAGAGGGGGGUAGGGAGCACAACGUAAACGUGUCGAUAUCAUUUACCCAAAACUGAAAAAUUUGAGGAGUGUGGAAUCAUGUUGUUUACAUUUGUCAGUGGACAUAAGUAAACUGCUGUAGUGAUAACAAUUGACAAAAAGAAAUGCGGUUACCUAGAUGAUGUGUGAUAUGAUAAAAUGUGAGAAUUGUUAAUUAAAAUUGCAAAACUGUGGAUCAUAAACGCAAUCACGGGUUUCUUCACCACCACGGCGAUGUCUUCAAGCAAGGGCCAGAUUACACCUUCGAGUGGGCCCAUAGUGCGUUGCGGACAUCUCCGAAAAUGUGGAUCAUUAAUUUCUGGCUUAAAGCCUCUGAAGAAAAAGUAUUUUGUCCUGCGUGGCGAAACACCAGGACAUCCUGCUUGUCUCGAGUAUUACGACAAUAAGAAAAAGUUUGAUAAUAAACAACCACCUAAAAGGAGUAUAACUAUGCGAAGUUGCUAUAACAUUAAUAGAAAAAAUGACUCCAAACAUAAACAUGUUAUUGCUUUGUAUACUAAAGAUGACUGUUUUUCACUGAUACUUGAUAAUGAUAAAGAAGUUGAAGAGUGGCUCACGGCGAUGCUUCUUCUGUCUGGUGAUGUUCCUGAUGGUGAACAGCCUCGACCUACAUUUGAACAUGUCUGGCAAGUAACGUUGCAGAAAAAAGGUCUAGGAGAAAGGAAAAAUCUCUAUGGACCUUACAGAUUAUGUUUAACUGAUCGAGUGCUCAGUUUAAUAAAAGUGGGAGCUGAAGACAACUCUGACUGCCUUGAAUUUCCGUUAACAACAAUAAGAAGAUGCGGAUGCAUGGAUCGUAUUUUUUACAUGGAGGUAGGAAGGUCCGCAGUCACUGGAGAAGGUGAUUACUGGAUGAAAGCAGAAGACUCUAACAUUACUCAGAAUAUGCACACGGCAAUUUUAAAUGCCAUGAGCAGUUCAAGUAGUAACAAAGACAAGGACGACAUGGUGCCAAAGCAACGAAUGAGGAGUUCAUCUGCAAAUGAAGCGAGCAAACCGAUAUCUGUACUUGGUGGACGUCGAUAUACAGGUCAUAAAUUACACGGUUUUUCACCUUUAGCUGUUGCGGGGACUAGGAGCCUUGGGACGUAUGCCAUGAGCAACACAACUGCGAAAAGACGUCGGCAUUCGGUUGCGACUCAACCAAUAUCUACUUGUACUACUACUAUUACUACUACCACUACUAUUACUACUACUACCACCACUAGUACUACUACUACUUCUACCACCAAUAAAUCCCAAUCCAUAACUGUCACUACCGCGACGACAUCGACAAGCAACGUAACAAAUGCAACCAACGCAACAUCAACAACAACCAUCAACAACACCAUCACCACAACAACCACGACAAAAUCCCAUCAGAGAACCCUGUCGCUGCCCCUUGCCGCAGUUGUUAUCAAUCAAUCGCAAUCAUCCAAAAGACCCAUUUUACGCUGUCCUGCAGGUCGAGACAGAUGUGAUAGUCUUCCCUCACGAGCUCGAACAACGAGCGAGGGUCUUCCAGCUCCAAUAAUGCUGGCGCAUCCUCGAACGAGUCAUUUAACGCCUCAUGCCACUCGACCACAUUCUAUGUACAGCCGUGGCCUCUCUUAUUCUCCUCCAGUAUCAUCCAUGCCAAUCAGCCCAGCUUCAGGUGCUUGUUCAACUGACUCAGCUGGUUCUUCACUUUCUAUGGAUGACGGAACUGAUAGUAUGUUGGAGGAGAGUACUACGACUCGAUAUGGGCACUCAUUAACACCUGAUGAGCCGGUUAUACUUGAAGAGAAUAUGGACGAUUAUGUUCCUUGGUCUAGUAAUCAUUUACCACAAAAAUACUCACCAAACUUCAAGUCGCAUUCGUCCUCUCAGCAAAGUUCCUACGUAGAAAUGUAUAGUCCUUGUGGUUCAAGUCCUGGUAGAGGAGGAGUUUAUUUACCGAUGAGUCCAGCAACAACAGUUCAUAGUCAUUCACGAGCUUCAUCGUUAGUAGAAGAAGCAACGUUACCCGACGGAUAUGUUCCGAUGGCUCCAGUAGGAGAUGAGUACGUUGACAUGGAUCCAACGAAUGGUCAAAAUGGUCAUUACCACGAUGAAUUAUCUCAGCAUGGAAGCAGUUGUUCUGUAACAUCUGGAACACCAAGCACGGAUUUGAGAUUCAUCGAAUAUCCUCUCGAUAAGGUGUCCAGUUAUCUUACACCUUCUGAAGAUGAUCCAUCAAGACCUACUCGUGCUUACUCAGUUGGCUCGAGGCCAGAACAGAUGAAUCGGCAUCGAAAAAAUCGAUUAGAUUUUGUCGCACAAGAAGCCACUCGUGUAAGAGCUUUUUCUGUUGGAAGCCGAUCAAAAAGAUCUGAAUUAGGUCGAUUGGUAAAUGUUGUAACUGCCAAACUUCCCUCUGGAGGAGAUAAUGUAAAUUCUCAUAAAUCGAAUUCAGCUCCUUUACUUUCGAGUUCUUGGGGACAUAAUUCUGGAUGUUCAAUGGCGUCUGACAGAAUGGAAGAUUUGAUGGAAUUAGAUUUCAGUAGAUCUAAUGUUCCUACAACAUUAUCAUCUACUCCUUCUUCAUAUACUCAGUCACAUUCGCAUUCACAUUCGUAUUCUGCGGAUACGAGUUCGUAUAUGGAUAUGUCUCCUGGACAACCACAUACAUCUAGUACUGCUCCGUACGUUGAUAUGAGUGGUAAUAAGAUGAGUCGUAAUAAUAAUAUUAAUAAUAAUAAUAACAAUAAUACAACUGCCAACCACAACCAUAAUUCCAUUCACGCAACGUCACUCAUUCAUAAACCGGUCAUGAAACCUCUGAAGCCUGUAGUAGAAACUGAAGGUCUCUACUUAAAAAUGGAAAAUUCAUUGGAUAAUUGGCCGAGAUCUGGAACUAGUCCUAAACAACAAGCAUCAUCUCCUUUACAGGAAGAUUACAUGGAAAUGAAUGGUCCACCAGGAGUAAUGAGAACUGCUCCAGUAGAUCUUCCUCAGCCGCGUAAACCUCCAGAAGGAUAUGUAGAGAUGAAUUUCAAGCCACGACCUAGUCUAGAACAAAACUAUAUCAAUAUGACGAUGGGUGUAGAGAACAGGAAUCGAAGAAAACCAAGACAGAGCAGCAGAAAAGAUAAGUCCCAAAGAUCACAACCAAUAGCUAUACAAGCAUCGAAUAAACUAACGAAAACACCAAGUUUUUUGCCUCUAAAUGGUGGCUCAACGUCUGAUAGUUUAGCAUCAACCCCAGCAACGCCUUCGCGAGCAACACCAACGGGUUCAACAAUAUUCCCCUUUUCUCUCAAUAGUCCUCAAUCUCCGAUUAAACCUUUUACCCCUCAAGAAGAUAUAAGUAAAACUUCAACACCGACCUUCUCCGAUUGUUCACCGGAAGAAGGUGAUUAUGCUGCCAUGACACCUGGAAUUAGUUCUCCAAUGGUUGUAGCUUCAGCAUCUGAAUUCAAUUCCAAAGAAGACAAAGAUUGUCCGCCAAGCCCUACGCUAACUUCGAUAAAGUCUACUAGCAAGUUACAAGACUCUCCUCUAAGUCCUUUGUCUAAAAGACUUACUGAAUUAACAGUAAGCAAGAAAAAGUCGCGAAAUAAUACAAAUCCAGUAACGACUGCUAAUUCUUUAAAAGAUUCUUUAUCAGAGGGAUCUAAACCUACUACUACUUCUGCUAUUGCUACUUCUACUUCUACUACUACUCCUAUAACUACUACUACUACACUAGAAAAUACAAAGAGUCUUAAAAGAGAACGGGAAUGUGAGAAGCCUCCUAGUCCCAUAGGAAAAGAAAAAGGAUCUCAACAGGAAAUGCCUCAAAGCCCGGUGGCUAAAAAAUUAUCAGAAUUAUCAGUUUCUAAAACAAAAUUAAUUAAUUCUUCACCAAAUACAAGUCCAACUCCAACAUCUGGAUUGAAAAUACCACCGAAAACAAAUUCCCCGAAAAUUCCUGAUGACAUAACACCGACACCUUCUGCUACACCCACACCUACACCUAGUCCUUUAGAUUCUGAAGGAUAUGAAAAAUUACAACCUGGUGCAAAGCUUCUUCAUUAUGCCAGUCUUGAUCUACCUGAAUCAUCAAGCGUACCGCCUGUUUCACCCACACCAGCACAAGAUGGCUUUAGAUACGCUGAAAUUGAUUUCGCAAAGCUCAAGCAAAAUUAAUAAAAACAAAAUUAACUUUGAGAUACUUCCAAAUAAUUUAAAUUAUUUUACAAUAAAAUAAUGACGAAAAAGGCUGCAAAAAAGAAUAAUUGAAAAAUUGUUGUAAAUAAUUUCAAGAGAAGAUGGUUUUUGUUUCACAUAAAACAAAAUAAUUAUAUAUUUGUGUUACGAAAAUAUUAUCAGAAUAUUUUUUUAGGAUUUUUUUUGUUCUUAAAACUUUUUUCAUAAAUUUCUUUCGUUUUUUUUUUUCUUUUAGAAAUCAUGUAAACACAAAUUAAUUGUGAAUUUUUCUCUUUUGUUUUUAAUUUGUGAAUUAUAUAAUUAACAUAAAAAAUUAUAUGAAAAAAAACUAAAAAUACUUUUAAAAAUCAAUUGCGUAGAAAGUUCGAUGAAGAACUUUUUUAUGAUAGACGCAAUCAAAUUAUGUAGGUAAAUUAAAUGAAAAAAACGAAAAAAAAAAAAAAUCGUUACACUGUGCUUGUUUCAUAAUACAAAAAUUUAUAAUAUGACGACUGAGAGUCAUUAUUUCAAAUGUAAAGUGAAAUAAUAAGGAAAUUCAUAAAUAUAUAUAUAAAUAUAUAUAUUAUGUCGUUUAUCGCGAUAUAUUAGUUAAACUUAUACAUGAUAUACUAUUUAAUACAAUUUAAGAAAAAGGUGAAUAAAAUAUAAGAAGCCUCCCCCAUACUAACUCUAAGUCGUCAUAUAAAUAUUAUAAAUAUACAUAUUAUAAAUAUAUACAUAUUUAAUAUAAGGACUAUGAUAAUUACAUUAACAUUAAUAAAAUAUAAAUUAAACAUA